AUGGCAGCAUCUCAAAAUCAAUAUAAUAUGCAGGGCUUACGACCUAUGAAAGUUCAAUUACCACGUUUAAUUAUGGAACUUCCAAUGCAACUAGUUCCAACGCACUUACCAUCAACACCGUCGUUAUUCCCACGACCAUCGCUACAGCCAUCAUCAUUAUUUCGGCCAUCAUUAUUCUUUCAGCCACCAUCAUUACGACCACCAGCAGAACCACAACCACCGGCACAACCAAAACCACCGGCACAAUCACAACCACCGGCACAACCACAACAACCGCCACAACCACGCCCACCCACACCGCUACAGUCAACAAUUUCAUUAGAAGAAAAGUCACCUGAGCGACACAUUUUAUGUCUUCGCUGUGGACGUACCCGUGUUAUAAUUAAUGUAAAUGAUAAGACAAAAAUCGAGACAAAUCACUAG